AUGGAAGCUAUCUAUCAAGUUCAACGCCAAUUCAGACUCGACCGUGGCCUGACUAGGAUCAGCGUCAAGCGAAACCCGCACUACCAGCCACAUGGCACCAAAUCCUAUGUUCACCUUCUCAACCGCUUUGGAUUUAAACCUACUAAACCCGGACCGUACUUCCAAGAUCGUCAAAUCCAACAACGUGGACUCGCUCACCCUAGAUUUCAUGCUGCCGUGGGCGGACGUGUCUAUCAGACCAAGAUUCUUCGAAAGAAGCUAGGUACCGAUGGAACUCUAGAUGCCGACGGAACUCGAAUUGGAGAGGUUACGGCUGAAGACGUGCCGUUUGAUUCCAUGUACUUAUGCGAGGUGUCAAUUGGCACACCCCCUCAGAAGUUCAAUUUGGACUUUGACACUGGAUCCGCAGACCUUUGGGUCUUCUCAACAGAAUUGAGUAAGAGAAUUCAGGAAGGUCACAAUGUCUUUAAUCCUUUAACUUCCUCAUCGUUUAAUGAGCUCACCGAUAAGACGUGGAAAAUCUCCUAUGGAGAUGGGAGCUCAGCAUCUGGAGAUUGCGGCUCAGAUGAUGUUACUAUCGGUGGUUUGACUAUCAAGAAUCAAACUGUUGAACUUGCAUCGCAACUCGACCAGCAAUUUGCGCGGGGCAAGGGCGAUGGUCUUCUUGGCCUUGCUUUCCCACAGAUCAACACAGUCAAUACCAAUGGGGAUUCAGACCCUGCAGACACUCCUGUUGUUAACAUGAUCAAUCAACAUGACAUUCCCAAGGAGGCUGAGCUCUUUACCUCGGCGUUUUACAGCCAGCGGGACGCUAAUUCGCCUGAGUCAUUCUAUACUUUUGGCUUCAUUGAUACUGACCUUGUCGCGAGAUCCGGAGAGGAAAUUUCGUGGGCCCACGUUGACUCGUCUGAUGGUUUCUGGAAGUUCCCAUCUGCCAGUGUCUUUGUGAAGGGCAAAACCAUCGAUCUUUCCGGUAACAAGGCCAUUGCAGACACUGGUACAACUCUAGUCUUGGUUUCUGACAAGGUUUGCGAGGCGCUGUAUGAUGCAAUCCCUGGGGCGCGUUAUAGCCCGACACAACAGGGCUAUGUCUUCCCAAGAAGCACAAAUGUACAAGACCUUCCAGAAUUCAAGGUGGCGAUUGGGGAUAAGCAGUUUGUUAUCCAGCCCCAGGAUUUGGUGUUUGCACCUGCAGACAAAGACAACUGGUACGGUGGAAUUCAGUCGAGGGGCAACUUGCCCUUUGAUAUUUUUGGCGACGCUUUUCUGAAGUCGGUUUACGCGAUUUGGGACCAAGGCAACAAACGAUUUGGAGUCGUUCCAAAAAUUGAAGAAACUCAGAAUUUGGACCCUACGCCUAUCGCAUAG